UGUGAAAAACACACGUGUGACAGAGAUGGCAAAGUUUUUUUGCUAUUUCACUCAACCGAUAGUGCACGACGCGAACCGAAUGUUUAGCCGAAUCGGCAUUCAUUCGGGUUUUGAUUAUUUUUCCAGAUGGCGCCACAAAUUCCCGUAAAAAUAAACACUUCCUUGUCCGGAAAGUAAACGCGUAGAAGGGUGUUUUUGUCCUCUAGCGCCCCUUUUUCUCAGUCAUUUUAAUGUGGAACUCCUUCUUUGGCAUGUACCGGUGUGGACAACAUGUUUUCCCAAGGUCUGUGUACAGAGGAAGUCUUUCAGGCAGCAUCAGAUUCCUCAGCAAUGCGGAAAUUGCAACUGCUCUCCGGCCAUUCUACUUUGUGGUACAUCCGGAUCUCUUUGGACGCUUUCCAGAUCAGCGGGCAGUGAAUGAAGAAUCCCUGAAACUUCUGAGUGCUCACCUUGAGGCCCUCAAUAAACGGCGAGUGCUUCAAUCGACACCCACCAUACUGCCAUUCUACCUGAGAUCAUCCCAAGCUAAUAAUCCAGGGAAGAUGGUGAGGGUGCCCGUUGAGAGGUCAGCCGAUCCCAAGAAAGUCCUCAAGAAAAUACUCCAAUCGUGUGAUUUGUCCACUGAGUACCUGGAUAAGAUGCCUCAGGCACCGGAGAGACCUGAAAGACGGCGUGUCAAUUACACCUUUACGCAGCAGCAGCAGGAUGAUGUCUUUGAGGAUGAAUUUGUGAUAUUUCAGAACAUUAACAAGGCUAAGGACGACAAAACCCUCAAUGGGUGGAUAAAGAACAAUAUCGACAUGGCGCUACAGCGGAAAAAUAAUCUUUUAGGCCUUCGCGAGGAGAUCAAGAAAUUAGAGGAAAAAGUAAUUGAAAGGCUCAAUUUGAAGGAUCUUCGGUAUGAAUGCGGAUGGAAUGUUGAGCACUACAGAGCCUGCCUUCGUAGCCUUGAAAGUUUAGCAAAUCUUCAUCCAAAAGAUUUGUCUCAUCUCGAAAAUCGCAUCUUGGUGUUUGCUGCCUUCACGGGAAUCAGUCUCGAUGGUCACGUAAUGCUCUUUACAGGCGAUGUUCAGCACAAUUGGAUGGAUUUUAUAAGAAACAUCCCGAAGCAUGAUGCUUAUUUGAAGAAAAUUCCAGCGUAUGAGUACGCCUUGUCGCAAAUAUUGAGAAAAAUCAAAAUUGGACGGAGGAAAUUUAUGCCAAAGACUCAAGCGGGAUUCUAUACAAAUCACCUAAGGAAGGUAACAACAACGCUUCUCGAUUAUUUGGGGAGGCAGCAGUAUCCCACGUCAUGGCCAGAGGAUCUAAGUGAAUACGAGAUUGUGAUAGAAUCAGAAGCUGGACCAUUGAUGGUGAGCCCAACGGGGCAAUUUAUAGCACCCUCAACGUGUCCUGGAUGGAUCCUUGUGGAUUUCAUCACAAACAAUUUAACUGAAGCACGAGAUCGUUCAACACUCUACAAGAGCAAUAAACACGUUGAAGUGGAUCUACAUGAGAAAUGUGUAACUAGUCUGAGGCUAGCGAGCCUAACAAAGGACGACUCUGUGACUCCGGAUAAGAUGAUAAAAUGCCUGGAGCGACUUCUUCCCGAGAGUCAAUUAAACUUUACGGGAUGUGAUGUCUUCAUCACGCACUACUACUCAGUUUUAUCCGACGGGACCGUUUGUAUUCCAUGGGAUUGGAAAUUGUAAAUAAAUUUUAGUUCUUCCAAAGGA